AUGGGAAAUUCGGUUGAGUUGUCUUUCAAGGGUGAGAUUUGUCAGAUUGAUGGAUCAUGGAAAGACACAGAUCCUCGAGCGGGGCUAGAAUUGGAAGCUCUGGUAUGGGCUAUGCAGUGCAUGCUACGCCAGAAUAAGUUAACAAUAGUGUUCGAAACAGACUGUUCUGAUGUGGUAAAGAUGGUGUCUAAACCCGAGGAGUGGCCAGCUUUCGCAACAAUACUAGAGGAGUUUUGCAGAUGUAAAACGGAGUUCAUCUCCUUUUCCAUAGUGCAUAUUUCAAGAAAACAGAACACGAAGGCGGACAAGUUAGCACGGAGUGCUAGAGCUCUACCUACCGAUGUGUAUUAUGUAAACUCUGUUCCUCCGACUUGGAUCCCCGAGUUGAUUUAG